AUGGAAGUUCUGUCGGAUUCCCAAGAAGCAGUUGGACUUGGAAAUAAUAAUAUUGGUUCGUCUCAUGAUGCAGCAGCGCCUAUUGGAGAGGGAUUCUGUCGAUUAAAUGAGCAAUGUCUUCCCUCCUCCACUUUCUUGCUAGAACAUCAAUUUGUCUGUAAAGAGGGUAGUUCGGUUUGUAUGGAUGAUGAGAUGGGACUAGUCUGCAACAAGGAACCUCUUGAUAAAGGGUUCUAUUCAGAUAAUGACACCCCUUACAAUAUAGAGGCCGAGUAUAAUGGCUCAGAAGAUGGUUCUGAUAAAGAAGAGCAGCCUGAUGCAGUUAAGCAGCUAAGUCAAACUGGGGAGCUAAUAAAGAAGCCUCUAGAUUGA